UACGUUUUUGCCUGGUCACCUUUUCCUUUGUGUGUUUAGUUUGAAUCGGUUUAUUAAUUUGCAUAUUUAUCAGUCAAUACUGAUAAGUAAAGAAAACACUAACAAAUUCCUCAAUAUUUUUAUCAGUUAAAGUUAAAAUAGCCAGGUGAUUUUAUCCAGCGCAUGCGUAGUACUAUUACCGCCAACAUGGAACGAAUUUCAAAUUUCUUCCAUUCGGCCGGUCGCCGUUGUCGCUGCAGGGACCCGUUACGAUGCCUUCGGGAAAACUAGAGAAAAGUUCGAAUUUCGUAUUGAAAAAAUUGAACAUUAUGGAACAAAAUAAUUCGCAGGCCGAAUUGGUGCGCGAAACUGAACAAAACGUGCAAGAAAGAUCGUGGGGCGACGUAAAAUGGCACGAAUGGGUCUCGGUCGCUGUUUUGUGUUACGUAAAUUUAAUUAAUUAUAUGGAUAGAUUCACCGUUGCAGGUGUAUUAGAAGCUAUUCAAACCGAUCUACAAGUCAACAAUGACAAAGGCGGCCUUCUACAAACAGCCUUUAUCGUUUUCUACAUGGCAUUUGGGCCAUUAUUUGGCUAUUUGGGUGAUAGAUACAGCCGGAGGUGGUUGAUGGCCUUUGGUGUAGCCCUAUGGAGUAUUACAACUUUGUGUGGCUCUUUUAUGACUAAUUAUUGGUGGUUUUUGCUGUUCAGAGCGAUGGUGGGAAUCGGCGAAGCCAGCUAUUCUACGAUAGCGCCGACGAUAUUGAGCGAUUUGUUUGUAGGCAAUGUCAGAUCGAAGAUGUUGGCAUUGUUUUACUUUGCCAUACCCGUUGGAAGUGGUUUAGGUUACAUAGUGGGAGCUAAAACAGCUCAAUGGCUGGGUUCCUGGCACUGGGCCCUUAGAGUGACGCCAGUAUUGGGCGUCGUUGCUGUAAUCGCCAUAAUAAUAUUCCUGCACGAGCCCGAAAGGGGCGCCAGCGAAGGUAGCACCCACAUGGAAACCACUUCGUGGACCAAAGAUAUUGGUGACAUUGUUAAGAAUAAAAGUUUUAUGUUGUCAACUGCCGGGUUUACUUGCGUGGCCUUUGUAGCUGGAGCUUUGGCUUGGUGGGGUCCCAAGUUUAUUGAAAAAGGUGUCGUGCUACAAUCCACUACUCCUGUGGAUAUUGAUGAAUCAAAUAUAUCACUCAAAUUUGGUGUAGUAGCAAUGGUAUCGGGCCUCAUAGGUGUUCCAUUGGGUUCCAUGCUGACCCAAAAAUUGCGGCACCGUUUCAAAAGAAUCGACGCUUACAUUUGCGGAAUGGGGCUGAUUCUAUCAUGCCCCUUCGUUUUUCUUGCCAUUUAUUUCGCCCGAUAUUCGACCACCAUCUGCUUCGUCAUGGUAUUUUUCGGAGAACUGUUUCUGAAUCUCACUUGGUCCAUUGUUGCCGAUAUUUUGUUGUAUGUUAUCAUGCCUAUAAGACGAUCAACAGCUGAAGGAUUCCAAUUGUUAGUUUCCCAUGCUUUGGGCGACGCUGGCAGCCCCUAUUUAAUUGGAGUUUUAUCUGAAGCUUUUCUUCUAAUGCUCAACAAACAAACAGAAAGCAGUACAAAUUCAACAAAUUCCACUACAAGUGCGACACCGUCAGAUGCAGCCCUAAACGAAUUCAAAUCCCUUCAGUAUGCCCUUUUUACAACUUGUUUUGUAGAAGUCAUUGGAGGCUUGUUCUUUUUGCUCAACGCCCUCUAUAUUGUCGAAGAUAAGGAAAAAGUUGAUAGAGCGAUAAAUGCCGAAAAUAGUCGACCCCCUCAUACGGAACUGAUUGAUCCUCUGGCUCAAGCUCAGAAUUUGUAAAAAAAAAACCCAGACACGCAAUUCGGAAUCGCUAUUGAUCAACGAGGAUCAGCAGCAAUCGUAAUUAUUAUAGUAUAAGAGUCAAUGUUGCUACAAGAUAUUUUUGUUGAGAAUUAAGCCCUUUGAGGCUCUAAAUGGUGUCGAGUGAACAAUUUUAUUGAGCUUUUAGGCAAUAGUGUAUAUGUAUAUAGUGAAUAAUUUUAUUUUUGUGUGUGUGUGUGUGUAAACGAUUUUUUUUUAUAUUUAUUUAUUGUUUCAAUCGUUAAGUCACACUGCCAUUUGUAUAUAGGGUUGCAAUAUUUUUUUUUUAGGCCAGUCCCAGUACUUAUCAGUAUUUGUAUUGAUAACUUUGUAGUUUUAUAUAGAAAAAUGUACCACCCUAAUUUUUUGCCCAACAAUUGGGUGGUUCACCCUAUAAUUAAGCAAAAGACUGAUCUUAUUACCCUGUUGAAGUGUAAUAUUAUUAUAAAUCCAUUUAAUUUGUUUUAAAUUACAUUUUGUUUAUUGGUACUUUAUUUGUAUGAAAAUAAAAUGAAAUAAUUCCUA